UUGUCUUUGACGCCAAAGUGCGCGGCGCAUCUUCAGAAACAAGCGGUCAAGGUGACAGAAAGGAGCCGGAUGAAGACUAGAUUUGCAGAGGUGUGGAGCGCGUGGAUGCCACAGUGAUCCACUAGACUGACGUCUCUCCGGUAGCGCAGACGAACACCGCAGCAGCCCCGGUUAUUUUACAGACUUCAGUGCAGCCAGGCAGUCGACAGUCUCUCCUGCACAGAGAGACGCUGCGAGCGGAAUUUAAAAAAAAAAAAAAAGAACUUCAGCAUCGACAAGCUGUAGUUUUGCAGCAUGAUCCACCUUCUGAAAUCUCCGUUUCAACGCACGAGCCCAGCAACUGUUUGAUUUUGCUGGUGUGUUGGCUUUUUUCGGGGAAACAUUCGUCUUUUUUUUUCCUCCUUCGGCUGAUGUAAAAGAAUCAACCUCUCUAUAUUGGAAUGAUGUGGACCUCUCAUGAUACUGUUGGAUUUGUUUUCUUAGCCGGAUUUUGUGUGCAAUUCGGAUUCUCCUUUGAAGGUCGCUUCACGGAUCUGCCCUCCAAUAUGACGGUUAAAGAGGGACAAAACAUAGAAAUGGCGUGCGCGUUCCAGAGCGGAACCGCGUCAGUCUAUUUGGAGAUCCAGUGGUGGUUCGUGAAAGCGCCGGAACCCACUGACAGCGAGGAAGACGUGGAUGCCGAAGAGAUGGAGAUGAUACCAGAGCCGGAUCCUGAUGACGAGGGGACAAAAAUAAGUACAGUGAAAGUCCAGGGCAAUGACAUCUCACACAAGCUCCAGAUCUCCAGAGUCAGCAAGAAUGAUGAAGGACUAUAUGAGUGCAGGGUGACACGGGCCAACUACGGGGAGAUUGUGGAAUACAAAGCCCAAGCCUGGCUGAAGGUCAACGCCACAGCCAGGCCAAGACGACCAUCGCCGCCUUCCGAGAAACGUUCCCCGAUGCACCUGAAAGACAAGAAGCCGAGAAAGCCCAGCUCAUCUCUGGGCCAAGACAGCAUGAGUUCAGACCAGAGGGUGGACUCCACUUCAACCUCCCACACAUCCUCCAACACAAACAAACACAACCCUGGCUCAGGUACAAGAAUAUCAUCCAGCUAUGGACUGGCUGUCCUCCUUCUGGCAUGUGGUUUGGUGAGGGAUGCCUUGUUAUAAUUUGAAGAACUGACAUGGUUUGUGCCCAGAUCCUGCUCUCUCUCUCUGUUUGCCCUCAAAGCGAACAAGAAAAUUGCCUGUUUUAUUUUUAUUUUUUUGCCCUUCCCACCACGCGGACGGCACAGUUGGCCCUCAUUUCCCAGCCACCACUGCUCUUGCACCCAGCACAUUGUUAUUAGCCACUGUAAACACCGGUCACCUUUAAACCAGUCGGAUUACCUUUUGUACAGACGUCGACUCGACACCAUCUGAGGUGCAAGGCUGCGAAAAAACAGACUCUGCAUCUGGUUGGAAAACUCUCAUGGAGGAAUGACUUUGUUUCGCUGUUCCUGUUCAUGUGUUCAUUGCUCAAAAGUGAACAAGAAAAAAGGAGAAUCUACAUUUGUGUAAUAUAUAUAUGAUUCUAGAUAUAUGUUUUAUUUGAAACACUGAGAAUAACUAUAUGUGCUGUAUACAUAGCUCACCUUAUUGGCAUUGUGAGUAGGCACCCGGCCAUCUCAAAGGAACAAAAGUAAUUCAGACUGUUACAGUUAACCAUCAGGUUUAAAUGACUGAAUUUGUAUUUUCCUUCAGCUGUAUUAGCCAUCCGAAUCUAAUGUGCAUUAUUGAACAUCUUGUUGGUGAUGCAGGUGUGCAUGCUUCUUGGUCUGAAGACUUAAAAGAGGGUAAUGUGAGCUUCAAAAGUCAGCACUUGGAGUUCAGUGCUGCAGUAUCUUGAAUUUAGCUUUAUUUUGAUGUGCUAGCUUCGGUGUGAAAAAAUAGCCCCCUGUCAUUUUUAAUUUGUAUUGCAUCCUCGGUAGGAAUAAAAAAAGGAUGUUACACUUUAUGAGUCAUUUAAAAUCCUAAUAUGUGACCAUUGGGUGAUUAAUUUUAAUCCACUUGCACCAUUUUUUAAACGGCAUGCCUCGGUUGCUGUGCACAUCCCUGGUAUGUCUCAUUAUUGCAUAAGGGCGACUGAGUCCUCAUCCGUUUUGGAUCACAUUUCUAGAUGUUUUCUUAACUCUACACACGCCAAUUUUCAGAAGAUAUAAGCUACUUUAGGUGUAAUUCUCUCCUAUUUUUCUCAAUUAUAUAUUUCUGCUUUAUUUUCAGAUGAUAUAUCAUAGAGAUUUUUAUUCACGCAAAGCAUUUAUAAGCAAAACGCUUUGACAAUCUGACACAAACACAGACAAAGGUGUUUUUAGGUUUUAUAGCGCAAAAAGCUUCAGAUUAUUACAGAGAUGCAGUAUAAGCUAUAAAAUAAAUGGGAUUCUUUUGUUGUUGUUAACUUUUGAGCUGGAAAGGGAAUCGUGCACCAUCCAUCAGAAAGGCAGUGGCUCCAACUCAAACUGAAACAUUUAUGAAUAAUAGAGUAGGUGAUUUAUGUCUCAAGAGCUGUAAGUGAAUGUUACCCGCCAUGAGGAUCAUGCUGCUGGAGAGCAGCGGUCGCCCUGCAAUAAGAUCAAUAUUUUAUUUUGGCAGACAUCGACUCCUAAGCACAUUCUAUUUUUGCUCAGUUGGUGCCCAAAAUUGACUUUAAAGCAUGAUUAUGUGAUCCCUCAUAUGUUGUAUGCUAUAAUCUAACAUUCAUACGGAUGAAUCCGUGUGCUGCUUGUUCUCAAAAAGGCAAAGUCACCACCACAUUCUGAGCUUUUAUUCUGCUUUGCAGUCAGAGCAACAGUCCCUUCUGUAUAGUUGCACUGCAGUCCCAAAGAACUAUGGCGGGGAGGGGAAACUUGAGAAGCAUCAGCCUCAAGCCGGGGGUACAAGAUGUGCAGGUGAUAGAGGACAACGCUGUCUAAUCCCUCUGGUUGAAAAUAGCUUCAGGGUGCGGUUAAUCUAGCAUCACCAUCAUAUAUAAAUAUAUAAGCCACUCUGCAGUGACUGGAAAUCAAUUACUGUGUUUUAAAAUGUUAUGUAAAAAAGAUUCAGAAUGUUUAGUUUCAGCUUAUUUUGAGGUAUUGAGAAUGGAUGAUUGUAGUGGAAACGUGCCCGGGCACUUUGGAGAGUGUGCGCAGUACGAGCGGACGGUUUGUCCAACCCUCAUGUAAAAAGUUACAGAUCUGUACAACUUGUAAAUGAAAUAAUCAGCAUGUUAACAUGUUUUUUUUAAUCCAUUUAAAAAGGCAGAGGCCAAUGAUGUUCUGUACUUGUAACAAUGGUGUCAUGUACUCAUAUUCAAGUGUUAACAAGUCCAAAGUGGGUUUUUCAUCUCUUCAAAAUGAACUUGGAUAAAAUGUAUUUGACAAAAAAAAAUAUCUAUCUAUAUAUAUUAGAGACAUCUCCUUUAUAAAGCUUCAUCCUAAUCUAGGGGACUUUUGGUUUAAGGUCCUUGCAACAAGUAACAAAGAUGGAAGCGAUGAUUGAUUUGUGAUCAGAGCGAUGAAAAAAUGACACUGAGUCAUGAGUUUGAGUCGUGACCGAGGCUGAAUUGCUUGCAAGCAACAAAGCCUCAGUUACCAAAGAGGAGAACAGUUCACGAAGACGGCGAGAGCAGCAGUUCCUUCAUCCAGGGAUGUUAUUUCAGAAACGUCACACAAGCAUUUCUCCGUUCUGUUUUAUACCCAUCCACUCUAGAUGUAUUUGUUUCUUCUAAUGUAUUUCAUUUCAAUGCGGUCCUGUCUGUUUGUUGAGCUGUCAAAAAUUCUGAUGAAUUAUAGUUCUCUCUUUUCUUUGGUAUUGUGUGAGGCUUCUGUACUGGAACAUUGCAACAGUUUGUAUUAUAAUGACGAUAUCAGAAUAAUAUUUAAAUAAACCAUUUUCACAGAUGAAAUUCAAACA